AUGAAGGACAAGAACAACAGCUUUGGCGAAAGCCAGCCGUUGCGGAUCGCACCAGAACAACGGGACAUCGUGUUGAAAUCGGCACACCAAUGUCUGAUUUAUCUUGGCGAUUUAUCUCGCUGGCGCGCCUCUGAGCAGCUCGACAAAGUUCCUGAAUUCGGGCCCGCUAUUGGCUAUUAUGCCUUGGCUGCCACUCUGAUGCCUUCUUCAGGCAUGGGUCACCAUCAGCAAGCUGUCGUGGAGCUCGAACAACGUCACCACCUUUACGCGAUCUACCACCUGUACCGCGCCUUAGUCGUUGCAAACCCUCAUCCCAACGCAGCGAGCAAUCUCCAUGCCGAGUUCAAAAAGACUAAUGCCGCCUGGGACAAAGGCGAAUUGAUUCAGAAAGGACCGCCAAACGAUCCGGAGGCUCCGAAACGAGCUCUGGUCGGCUGGUUUGUCCGACUCCACAGCAUCUGUUACAAAGGUGAGACAUUUGCUGGAUUUGAAGAGUUGGAACGUGAGGUCUUGGGUCAGUUGUCAACCGGUGUCAAGCAGCGCUUGCUGGACGACAAAUACGAGAAACUUUUGCGGAAAAUGGUCGUAGUCAACCUCGCUGCUCAGUAUUGGGCAGGCCAGCGCUUCCAGUCCGAUCCGGAUAAGCAGCAAAACCAACAGUCGUUCUUCUAUUUCUUCCGAUUUAACAUCACGACAUUCACAUCGUUAUGUCGUGUUUUCUACGACGAGCUCAAAGCCCGCCUACUCAGCUUGGAAGACGACGAUGCUGAACUGGCAGUGAAGAUCACCCCCAGCCUCCGUCGAAUCCUGCCGAGCAUUCGUCUCUACAACAUGUGGCUCAUGUCAAUGGUUCACAUGGUUGUGGGCUUGUCCGGCGAACCCUUUCUCGCACCUUCGAUUGCACAAUUUUGGCCUUGCUACGCCAGAGCUGUGGAUCUCAUUGCGCAAGGUUUCCCCAUCUGGGAUCUUGAAGAUGUUGCGGAUGUCACUUACAUGUUGGAAGAAGACGUCGACACGAUUGAAUUUCAACCUCUCAUGGACGCCAAGACAAUGAAGACUUGGCAGAAUAAGGAAAACGGAAUGCUCAAACGAAAGUACACAGAUGCCGACGUGGAGAAAGGCUCUCAAGAUGACGAGAUGCUUCAGCGCGUCAAAGACUUCCUCGUUGACGGGCUUUAUCUAGCUAACGAUGAC